GGCAUUUUUGGCUGGCUGGGACCGAGCAGGGGUCUAGGAGUCUGGCCAGGUGGGCUCAAGAGCAUCAGAGACAGAUCUGUCGGAGGAAGAACCAUUUCCCACAUGACCACAGAAGCAUUAUUCCUGCCUGCUUUUGACACUGGGGUGGGGCACAGCAACCAGGAGAACUCAGAAGUAGAUGAAUUCAGGCAGAUGGUGGGAAGCAAGGACAUUGCCAAGGAUGUCUCCAUAACCACUGAACCCGAUAAUCCCUUGAUAUCUCCACUUGAAGAUGCCAUCAGUCUCAUUGCCAAAAAAAAUACACUAGAAGCAUCAUCCAACUUAACACAAAAGGAUACCUCUAUGGAGAAAACCUCAUCUCCAGUCAUGCUUUCUCAAGAAAUUAAUAUGGCACCUGUCUACAACCAACUAAAUCAGGGGCAGGAUGAUAGCCAGAUCAAAAUGCCAAAUAUCUCCUCAGAGCAGCAGAAAGAAGAAAAUACUUCAUGUCAGCUGGCACAAGGAGAGACUAGCAGCCAUCCUGAGUGUCAUGACAAUAUUUUAAAUGUCUUCCCAGAGCACUCAAAUGGAAUCUCAAUACAGGAGGUCCAAGGGGUAGAGAGCAGGCUAUAUCACUGCUCUGAUAAGGUCCCCAUUGUGCCUGCUGAUUUCCUGCAACCUCUGGAAUGUGUCCAAGAGGCUAUAAAAAAUCCCCUUGUUCAUGAUGGAGCUACGUCAGAUAUUGCUUCAGAGCAACAGACAUCCAAUGACGUCUCAAAUCAGCCAGACCAAAGGAUAGAAGGUGAUGCUGUAGAUCAUUCUGUCCAAUCUCUUGAAGCAUAUUCAGGUUCACCAGAGAAACCAGAACUUUCCAGUAGCCCCAAACUAACUCCUGCCUGUGGAGAGAAAAGCGAAGCUCUCACUUCAUCUAAAUCUCUCAACUUGUUGCUUCUGGAGACCAAUUCUGAAGACCAAACUGGGGAGAGAGAAUGUUUUAUCUCCAAUCAUUCCAAUUUUGAUUUGACUGCUGAACUUCAAGGAAUAUAUCAUCCUACCAACAUUCAUGAACAAAUAAAGCCAAGCUACCAAGAAAUUACAGAGAUAGAUAAUGAAGAAAAAAUGCCCAGUGGGCAGAAUCAUCAGUUACUUUUAGCUUCAGAAGACUUCCAGGGUCAUGUCAAUGGGCAGUUUUUGAGGAAAUCCUUGGAAGAUAAUGUCCAGGCAACUGAGGAGCAGGUCACCCAAGAUUCUUCCUGCAGUCCGAAUUCAUCUUCCCUGGCAUUAGCAGACUCUCAGCUAGCUGUUGACUCAUGCUGUCAGCAGAGGGCAUCAGGUACAGGUUGUGACACUCUUCCUCGUAAACUGCCAGCACAAUCUCCUGUGGCAACCAAUGACUCCUCUGGACCUGCCCACCAGGGCCUGGCUCCUGUAUGUGACAGGCAAGACAGGGAAGGAUUGACUAUUCAUGAAUCAAGAGAAGCCGGCAACAGUGAUCAGUCCCAGGGUGAGGUUGGAACAGAGUCUGUGCUGGAAUCUGAGAGGCAAAAAGAAACAACCAGGGACACUGAGCCUGGAGAAAAUACCAGCCAGCCAGAGGGGGCAGAGAAUCUGGCUGGUGCCAACAAACUGGACAAAGCCUUUCCUGACUCACAAAGCCUGACUAGUACAAGUGAUCCAGCUAGUCCCAAAGAGGCAGCUUGUGCAAUGGUUUUAGCCAGUGCUGAAGAUCUGCUAGAUGCCAGGAACAGAGCAAACUCUCAAGGUUUAGCUAAUGCAACAUAUCCAGAUAUUGCUACAGAGCAUUCUGGCUCCAGUCCAACACCAAGGGAGCAAUUACUACUCGAUGCUACAGACCCCACCAGUACCAGAGAUCUGGUGAGUCCAGCAGAUCCAACUCCUGCUGCAUCUACUGCUGAGGAGCACUCUGUGACUGAAGGAUCAAACUGCCCCGCAGACACGAUGGGCAAUACUACCCAUCAGCCUGAGAACCCUUCUCACACUACUGAGACCCCAAUUGAGCGAGAAAUCCGUGUACACCUAGAAAGGGAAGAACUUCUACGGAGGGAGAGGGGCCUGGCCAGCUCUCGAGGUGCCCAGGAAUAUGUGGAAGUGUGCAUCAAACCUAUCCUGAACCAAAGCAUGACAUCCUCCAUAAUGCCAAAGGAGAAGGAGCGUCAGUGGGCUGGUGUCCAGAUGCAGCGGGAGAUUCAACGGGAGUGUCGGCGUGAAGAGGACCUUGUGCAGCUGGGCAAGGUGAGAGGCACCUAUGACCGUGGUAUACCCCAAGAACUGCAGGAGAAGAAGAUGAUCUUUGAGCAACAUUCCAGCCCUGAGACAUCAGACUUCAAAAAGAUGGUACACAGCAGCAGCAGCAGCAACAGCGGCACGGAAGGUGCAAGGGGGCUGACUUUUGCUGAGGGCAGUCGCAUGCCCAACGUGAUCAUCCUGGACUCUGGUGUUCUAGCACAACCACAGCAGCAGAUGCCAGAGAACACCUCCUUGGCUAGCCCCUUCUUCUGCUUGCAUGCCAAAAGCUCUCAGUCUCUGUUGGAGCAGGAGGUCCAGGAGGUCCAGCAACGAGAACGGGACCUGCAGAGGCUGAGGUAUGCCCUGUAUGGCUCAGCAUUGCCUUGCCAGCCAGCAGAAGACUCAGAUCAAGUUGAGGAAGUCCCCUCCCCAGCAGAGAGACCUUCCUGCAAGAAGCUGGAUGUCACUUGGCCCCCUCCAAGCACUUCAGAGAACAACCAGGUGAAUGGCCUCCAUCAGGUGGAAAAAAGCCCUCGACUUCUGCGUCGCCAGAGGAGUGCCUUAAUCCAGCGUUGGGAGUCUGGAGCUAUUGGCAAUGAGGACAGCCAGGAUUAGAGGUCGCCACAGCCUGAAGAGGCAAUGGGUUUGACCUCCAUUCAUAAGACACACGGGUUUCUCAAGGAGUCCUCCACACAAGCAUAAGUGCCGUGUACAAGCAUCUCUCUGGAGCCCAUCAUGUUCUCUUUCCACUCAGCCUUUUGAUUUGACAGAAAUGCUCCAAAGCCUGUCUGCAUAAUCAGUUUGAUCAUGAGCAGAAAGGAUGUUUAUGGUUGGCUGCCUUCUCCUGAGAUUUAAAUUGGAGCGAGAAGGAAAGUCUAUGUGUUAGACUGUCAGCUGUCUUGAGGGCUUAUAUAAGCAGAAAGAUGGGGUAUAAUUUUAGUAAAAAAUAAAUAAAAUUAAGCUCCAAAUCCAAAGUGUUACAGUUCAUAUUAGUUUCGUAUUAAUGUAGGCACACCUGGAUGGAUGCUGGUGUCUCCUUUAGAUUGCUUUCCACUCAUAGCUCUUUCCUACGGUUUAUAGCUUUGAUCCAUAGGGUCCCACCACAUGCAGAUUUUUCUGAGUGGCUCCAUGGAGGUGGAGGUACGCUCCGAGCAAGGCUGGCUACCAUGAGGAUGUCUAGGUAUACAAGGGGGAGGAGCACCUUUCACUUUUGGGGCUUGGCAAUUGACUAGUUGCAUCUCUGGAUACUUACAGUAUCCUCAGGAAAGAAAUGAUACGAGAUCACCAGUUCCUAUGUGGCUGAUUUUGUCCCUAGGUUUGCUCAUAUUCAACAUGUGGCACAUGGAUUUUGCCCUUGGGUAUUUAUAUGUUACAAAAGCAUAUGCUAGGAUUAAGCAGUUUAUAGUACUCCAAUUCAUAGGGGAGAAACCAUAACAAAAUAUACCUUCGCAGACCUCCCCUCUGCUACUCGUUUUACAGGAGAUGUUGGAUUCUGUCU